UUUUUUAGAUCCAGCGAGAGGAACUUGAAAGGGGGGUUGUGUAAUGUACCUUUUCCAAUCCCGGGCUGUAUAUGGAGAUUUGGGAUUCUUUAAACCGGCGCUACCUGGAUUUUAUUAAAAAGCGGGGAGCUCGGCGGGAGGAAAGCUGGCUUUUCCGGGGGCUGCGGGAGCCGGGCCGCGGGAGGGCGGAGGAGUUGGCGCGCCGAGCGCUCGGCCCGGGGAGCGGUUUUCUACCAAAAAAAGGAAAGGCGGGCAAAAAGUGUGAGGCGGCUGCGGGUGGCGAAGGGGAGCAGCAGCCGCGGGAUGGCGGGCAGCACGGGCGCCUAGCCGCGCCGGGAGCCGGGGCCACCACCGGAGUCGCCGUCGCCGGAGCCCAGAGCCGGGAGUCCCGCCGCGCCAGACGCCGUGUGCGCCGCCUCGCGCAGCUCCGCCUGGCCGCCCGGAGGGGCCCCACCGCCGGCCGCCCGUGCGCCCCGGGCCGCGGGCCCGCAGCCGAGCGCAAACCCCGCUGGCCGCCGCCGCCAUGCACGCCGCGGAGCCCCCGCCGCCCGAGGACUCUGGGACUACGCCGAGGCCGAACUUUUAGGUCCCACUGAGCGAGGCCCGCGGGCCGGGUGGGGGGCUGGCUGCGGCACUCCCGCGGAGGAUGGAUGGCCGAGACUUCGGGCCCCCGCGGUCCGUGCACGGCCCCCCGCCGCCGCUGCUGUCCGGCCUGGCUAUGGACAGCCACCGCGUGGGCACUACUGCGGCCGGACGCCUGCCCGCUUCUGGCUUGCCCGGCCCGUUGCCGCCCGGGAAGUACAUGGCUGGCCUCAAUCUCCACCCGCACCCGGGCGAGGCCUUCUUGGGCAGCUUUGUGGCCAGCGGGAUGGGGCCCUCAGCCUCGUCCCAUGGGAGCCCCGUGCCCCUGCCCUCUGACCUCUCCUUCCGCUCCCCUACCCCCAGCAACCUGCCUAUGGUGCAGCUGUGGGCCGCUCAUGCCCAUGAAGGCUUCUCCCAUCUGCCCAGCGGGCUGUACCCAUCCUACCUCCACCUGAACCACCUGGAGCCCCCCAGCAGCGGGAGCCCCCUCCUCAGCCAGCUGGGCCAGCCCAGCAUUUUCGAUACCCAGAAAGACGGCUUCUACCUGCCUGCCCCAGGGGCUCCGGGCGCCCUGCACUCUCACGCGCCCUCCUCCAGGACCCCGGGCGGCCACUCCUCCAGCGCCCCGGCCAAAGGCUCUUCGCGGGAAGGUGCGGCCAAGGAGCGGGCGGGCCGCGGCGGGGAGCCGCCCCCGCUGUUCGGCAAGAAGGACCCGAGGGCCCGCGAGGAGGCUGCGGGGCCACGCGGCGUGGUGGACCUGACCCAGGAGGCGCGGGCGGAGGGCCGCCAGGACCGCGGGCCCCCGCGCCUCGCCGAGCGCCUGUCGCCCUUCCUGGCCGAACUGGGGCCGCCGCGCGCGCCGGGCGCCGCCGCCGCCGAGUGCAAGGGCAAGAACCCACCCCCGCCGCCGGCGCUGAGCCUCUGCAACGGCGCGGGCGACGCGGGGCUCCCCGCGCUGGUGGCCAAGGAGGCGGCGCGCCAGGACGAGAGCGCGCGGCUGCGGCGCGCAGAGGCCCUGCUGCCCGGGCCCUGCCCCUGCCCGUCGCCCCUCCCGCCGCCGCCGCCGCCCAAGGGCCCGCCCCCGCCCCCCGCCGCCCCGGCCGGGGCCUUCGCCGCGCCGCAGCCGGCGCCCGCCGGCGUCUACACCAUCUUCCCCGCGGCAGCCGCGGCGGCCGCGGCCGCGGCGGCGGCGCGCGAGUCGGGCCGCGAGCACCGCGUGGUGGCGCCCACCUUCGUGCCUUCCGUGGAGGCCUUCGACGAGCGCCCGGGGCCCAUCCAGAUCGCAUCGCAGGCACGCGACGCCCGGGCCCGGGAGCGCGAGGCGGGCAGGCCCGGCGUCCUGCAGGCGCCGCCCGGGUCGCCACGGCCGCCCCCCGACCGGCCCGAAGCGCUGCGCGAGAAGAACUCGGUCAUCCGCUCGCUCAAGCGGCCGCCGCCCGCCGAAGCCCCGCCGACGCGGGCCGCGCGCGCCUCCCCGGACGCCCGGGCUUACCUCCCCGCCAAGGAGCUGCUCAAGCCCGAGGCCGAGCCGCGGGCCUGCGAGCGCGCGUCCCGCGGGCCUGCCGCUGCCCCCCAGCAGGCCGCCAAGCUCUUCGGCCUGGAGCCGGCGCGGCCGCCCCCGCCCGCCGGCCCUGAGCCCAAGUGGAAGCCUUUCGAGCUGGGCAACUUCGCCACCACGCAGAUGGCCGUGCUGGCCGCGCAGCAUCAUCACGCCAGCCGCGCUGAGGAGGAGGUGGCGGCCGCCUCCAAGAAGGCCUACCUGGACCCUGGGGGCGCGCUGCCACGCGCCGCGGCCGCCUGCGCCAGGCCGGGCACUGACGUGCACGCCGCGGCCCACGGGCCCGGGGAGGCCUCGGCCAUGCAGAGCCUCAUCAAGUACAGCGGCAGCUUCGCGCGCGAGGCCGUGGCCGUGCGCCCCGGAGGCUGCGGCAAGAAGAGCCCCUUCGGAGGCCUGGGCACCAUGAAACCCGAGCCUGCCCCCACCUCCACGGGUGCCCCGCGCGCCCAGGCCCGCCUGCCACACCCCGCAGGCCCUGCGGCAGGCGGAGGCCGGCAGCUGAAGCGGGACCCGGAGAGGCCCGAGAGCGCCAAGGCCUUCGGGCGCGAGGGCACUGGUGCCCAGGGGGAGGCAGAAGUGCGACACCCACCCGUGGGCAUUGCGGUGGCCGUGGCCCGGCAGAAGGACAGUGGCGGCAGUGGCCGGCUGGGGCCUGGGCUAGCCGACCAGGAGCGCUCCCUGUCACUGAGCAACGUUAAAGGACACGGUCGAGCUGAUGACGACUGUGGGGACGAAAGGGCCAGGCACCGGGAGGAGCGGCUGCUGGGGGCGCGGCUGGACCGAGACCAGGAGAAGCUGCUUAGAGAAAGUAAGGAGCUGGCCGACCUGGCUCGCUUGCACCCCACCAGCUGUGCUGCUAAUGGCCUGAACCCCAACCUCAUGGUGACCGGGGGCCCGUCGCUGGCAGGCUCGGGGCGCUGGUCCGCCGACCCCGCAGCCCACCUGGCCACUCCCCCCUGGUUGCCCCGCUCGGGCAGCGCGUCCAUGUGGCUCGCCGGACACCCCUACGGUUUGGGCCCCCCACCUCUGCACCAGGGCAUGGCACCUGCCUUCCCGCCUGGCCUGGGGGGCUCCCUGCCAUCGGCCUACCAGUUCGUCAGGGACCCCCAGUCAGGCCAGCUCGUGGUCAUUCCCAGCGAUCACCUGCCUCACUUUGCGGAGCUGAUGGAGCGGGCCGCGGCGCCCCCCCUCUGGGCCGCCCUGUACCCGCCGGGCCGCGGCGCCCUGCACCACGCCCAGCAGCUACAGCUCUUCUCCCAGCAGCGCCUCCUGCGGCAGCACGAGCUCCUGUACCUACAGCAGCAGGCCGCCCAGGCCCUGGAGCUGCAGAGGAGCGCCCAGCUGGUGCAGGAGCGACUGAAGGCCCAGGAGCAUCGGGUGGAGAUGGAGGAGAAGGUGAGCAAGCGGAGCCUGGAGGCUGCAGGCAAGGCCGGCCUGGCCGCCCCGGGCCCUGGGCUGCUGCCCCGGAAGCCCCCCGGCCUGGCCGCCGGCCCCACGGGCACCUACGGCAAGGCCGUGAGCCCGCCGCCAUCUCCCCGCGCUUCCCCUGUGGCUGCCCUGAAGGCCAAGGUCAUCCAGAAGCUGGAGGAUGUGUCCAAGGCGCCCACCUACGCCUACCCCGCCACGCCCAGCUCCCACCCCAGCAGCCCGCCGCCCGCCUCCCCGCCGCCCACUCCCGGUGUCACCCGCAAGGAGGAGGCGCCCGAGAAUGUCGUCGAGAAGAAGGACUUGGAGUUGGAGAAGGAAGCCCCCAGCCCCUUCCAGGCCUUGUUCUCGGAUCUCCCGCCCAGGUACCCGUUUCAGGCCCUGCCGCCGCACUACGGGAGGCCCUACCCGUUCCUGCUGCAGCCCACGGCGGCGGCCGACGCCGACGGCCUGGCCCCCGACGUGCCGCUCCCGGCCGACGGGCCCGAGCGCCUGGCGCUCUCGCCUGAAGACAAGCCCAUCCGCCUGUCCCCCUCCAAGAUCCCGGAGCCGCUGCGGGAGGGCCCGGACGGAGAGGCGCUGGCAGAGCGGGAGGUGAAGGCGGAGGUGGAGGACAUGGACGAGGGUCCUGCCGAGCUGCCCUCGCUGGAGUCGCCUCUGGCGCUGCCCCCCGAGGAAGCGCUGGCGGCCCCGAGCCCUGCGGCCGGCUGUGGAGGCGGCCUGCUGGAGGCCCAGGCCCUGAGCGCCGGCGGGCAGGGGGUCGCGGAGGCCCCCGGGUGCCCGGACUUCGCGGAGGGGGCCGAAGCGCGGGUCGACUCACCCGGCCGGACAGAAUCGUGCGCGGCCGCCCCGGACCUGGGGGCGCGACUGACGCCGGAGACGUUGGUGGAGGCCAAGGAGGAGCCGGUGGAGGUGCCCGUCGAUGUGCCCAUGGCUGUGCCCGUGGUAGAGGCGGUGCCCGAGGAAGGCCUAGCCCAGGCGCCCCCGAGCGAGCCCCGGCCCGGCCUGGAGUUGGCAGACUGUGACGUGCCCCCCGGGGACGGAGAGCACCCGAGUCUGGAGGCCCGGGAGGCCGCGCCUGUGCCCGGCGGCACCUGCUUCCUGGAGGAGGAAGGCUCCGACCAGUUUCUGCCUGGCCCGGAGGACCCGCUGGCUGGCAUGAAUGCCCUGGCGGCGGCUGCUGAGCUGCCCCAGGCCAGGCCUCUGCCCUCCCCGGGCGCCGGAGCCCAGGCCCUGGAGAAGCUGGAGGCGGCGCAGAGCCUGGUCCUGGAGCAGAGUUUCCUGCACGGCAUCACCCUGCUGAGCGAGAUCGCUGGGCUGGAGCUGGAGAAGAGGAGCCAGGACGUGGGAGGUGCAGAGCGGGGCCCGGUGGUGCGGCCCUCGCUGGAGAGCCUGCUGGCGGCCAGCAGCCACAUGCUGAAGGAGGUGCUGGACAGUCCCUUCGUGGACCCGCUCAAGAACCUGCGGCUUCCGCGGGAGCUGAACCCCAACAAGAAGUAUAGCUGGAUGCAGAAGAAGGAGGAGCGGAUGUAUGCCAUGAAGUCCUCCUUGGAAAGCAUGGAUGCCAUGGAGCUGGACUUCCGGAUGCGGCUGGCUGAGGUCCAGCGGCGGUACAAGGAGAAGCAGCGAGAGCUGGUGAAGCUGCAGAGACGCCGCGACUCCGAGGACAGGCGCGAGGAACCCCAUAGAAGCUUGGCACGCAGAGGCCCUGGCAGGCCGAGGAAACGGACCCACGCCCUGAGCACCCUGUCGCCCCCCCGCAAGAGAGGGAAGAGCCGCAACAGUAGCGGAAAGCUGAGCAGCAAGCCCCUGCUGACGUCGGAUGAGUACGAGCUUGGAGCAGGGAUGAGGAAGAGACACAAGGGACCUGAGGAGGAACACGAUGCCCUGGUUGGAACAGGGAAAGCUAGGGGCAGGAACCAGCCUUGGGACGAGCACGAAGCCUCGUCGGACUUCAUGAGUCAGCUAAAGAUUAAAAAGAAGAAGAUGGCCAGUGACCAGGAGCAGCUGGCAAGCAAGCUGGACAAGGCCCUCUCCCUCACGAAGCAGGACAAGUUGAAGUCGCCCUUCAAGUUCUCGGACAGUUCUGGAGGGAAGUCCAAAGCGAGCGGGGGCUGCGGCAGGUACUUGACGCCCUACGACAGCCUGCUGGGCAAGGACCGGAAGGCGCUGGCCAAAGGCCUCAGCCUGUCUCUCAAAGCCUCCAGAGAAGGUAAACACAAAAGGGCCGCCAAAGCCAGGAAGAUGGAGGUGGGCUUCAAGGCCAGAGGCCAGCCCAAGUCGGCCCACUCCCCGUUCGCCUCGGAAGUGAGCAGCUACUCCUACAAUACGGACUCAGAGGAAGACGAAGGAUUCCUGAAGGACGAGUGGUCUGCCCAAGGCCCGUCCAGCUCCAAACUGACGUCCUCCAUCCUGUGUGGCAUGGUGGCAAAGAACGGCAAGCCGGCCGGGGGCCCCAAGCUGAGCGAGCGGGGCCUGGCGGCCGCCCGGACUCUCAAACCCAAGCCGGCCGCCGGCAGGAAGCAGCCCUUUUGUUUGCUGCUUCGAGAGGUCGAGGCCCGAUCCUCCUUCAGCGAUUCCUCGGAGGACUCGUUUGACCAAGAUGAGAGCUCCGAGGAGGAGGACGAGGAGGAUGAGCUGGAGGAGGAGGAGGACGAGGCUGCCGGCGGCUAUAGGCUGGGGCCCCGGGAACGGGCCCUGUCGCCAGGCCUGGAGGAGAGCGGGCUGGGCCUGCUGGCCCGCUUUGCAGCCAGUGCCCUCCCCAGCCCCACAGUGGGGCCGUCCCUCUCGGUGGUGCAGCUGGAGGCCAAGCAGAAGGCCCGGAAGAAGGAAGAGCGGCAGAACCUGAUGGGCACGGAGUUUGAGUACACGGACUCGGAGAGUGAGGUCAAGGUGCGGAAGCGGUCGCCUGCCGGGCUGCUGCGACCCAAGAAGGGACUGGGGGAGCCGGGCCCCUCCCUGGUCACGCCCGCACCCAGCGCCCGGGGCCCCGGCCCCGCCGGCCCCGACAAGGCCAAGCUGGCGGCAGAGAAAGGGCGCAAGGCCCGCAGGCUACGGGGCGCCAAGGAGCCUGGCUUCGAGGCGGGGCCCGAGGCCAGCGAUGACGACCUGUGGACAAGGCGGCGCAGCGAGCGCAUCUUCCUGCACGACGCCUCGGCCGCGGCUCCGGCGCCCAGCAGCGCGGCCCCCGCGGCCACCAAGCCCAGCCGCUGCGGCAAGGGUGGCCCGCUGAGCCCUCGAAAGGACACCGGCCGCGCCAAGGACAGGAAGGACCCCAGAAAGAAGAAGAAGGGGAAGGAGGCCAGCUCAGGAGGGGCGGCGCUGCCCCCGCCCCGUGUUCCCGCCCUGCCCCCAGAGGCCCGGGCGCCCCACACCAGCUCUCCGGCCACUGCCAAGAGGAGCAAGGCCAAGGCCAAAGGGAAGGAGGUGAAAAAGGAGAACCGGGGGAAGGGGGGAGCCGUGAGCAAGCUGAUGGAGAGCAUGGCUGCAGAGGAGGACUUUGAGCCCAAUCAGGACUCGAGCUUCUCUGAGGAUGAGCACCUGCCACGUGGUGGGGCUGCGGAGCGGCCACUGACUCCAGCCCCGCGCUCCUGCGUCAUCGACAAGGACGAGCUGAAAGACGGCUUACGUGUGCUUAUCCCCAUGGAUGAUAAGCUGCUGUAUGCCGGGCACGUGCAGACGGUGCACUCGCCAGACAUAUACCGUGUGGUGGUGGAGGGCGAGCGUGGGAACCGGCCCCACAUCUACUGUCUGGAGCAGCUGCUGCAGGAGGCGAUCAACGACGUGAGGCCGGCCUCCACGCGCUUCUUGCCACAAGGGACCAGGAUCGCAGCCUACUGGAGCCAGCAGUACCGCUGCCUCUACCCGGGCACCGUGGUCCGAGGCUUGCUAGGCCUCGAGGACGACGGGGACCUGAUCACAGUGGAGUUCGAUGACGGGGACACGGGGAGGAUCCCCCUCUCCCACAUCCGCCUUCUGCCUCCCGACUAUAAGAUCCAGUGUGCGGAGCCGUCCCCAGCCCUCCUGGUGCCAAGUGCCAAGCGCCGCAGCCGGAAGACCAGCAAAGACACCGGGGACAGCAAAGACGGGGGCACGCCAGGGUCCGAGGAGCCGGGCACCAAGGCACGAGGGCGUGGGCGGAAACCCAGCACCAAAGCCAAGAGUGACAGAGCCGCCGUCCUGGAAGAGGGGGGCCCGACAGAGGAGGUCCCCAGUACCCCGUUGGCCCUGGAGCCCAUCAGCACCCCAGGCUCCAAGAAGAGCCCCCCAGAACCCGCGGACAAGCGAGCCAAAGCCCCCAAGGCUCGCCCGGCAGCCCCGCAGGCCAGCCCCGCCCCGUCCACCUUCACCAGCUGCCCGGCUCCUGAGCCCUUUGGGGAGCUGCCGGCCCCCGCUGCGGUCCUGGCCCCCACCCCCCUCGUCGCCAUGCCCAUCGCCAUGCCCGCCACCCGCCCCAAGCCCAAGAAGGCCCGGGCCGCGGAAGAGGCGGCCGCCAAGGGCGCCCGGAGGCCCGGGGAGGAGGCCGAGCCGCUCGUCAAGCUGGACCACGAGGGUGUGACGUCGCCCAAAAGCAAGAAGGCCAAAGAGGCCCUGCUUCUGCGGGAUGACCCCGGAGCCGGGGGCUGGCAGGAGCCCAAGGGCCUCCUGGGCCUGGGCGGCUACCCGCCGGCCACAGGCAGUGGCGAGCCCAAGGCCGCCCGGCCCAAGUCCGGGGACGGCGACCUGACCCAGGAGCCCGGGGCCGGGCUCGAGUUCGAGGACUCGGGUGAGCCCAAGAGCCCGGACAAGGGCCAGGCGGAGCAGGACGGGGCCGAGGAGUCGGAGAGCGGCGGUAGCAGCAGCGACAGUGGCAGCAGCAGCAGCAGCUCAGAGACCGAGGGGGAGGAGGAGGGCCAAGGCGGCGGCGGCGGCCGGAACUGUAGCGCCUCCAGCUCCAGGGCGUCCUCCUCCUCGUCCUCGUCCUCGUCCUCCUCGUCCUCGUCCUCUUCCUCCUCGUCCUCCUCCUCCUCCUCGUCGUCCUCGUCCUCAUCCUCGUCCUCGUCCUCAUCCUCCUCCUCGUCCUCCUCCUCCUCCUCGUCUUCCUCGUCCUCCUCGUCCUCCUCCUCCUCCUCCUCCUCCUCCACCACGGACGAUUCUUCCUGCAGCUCAGACGACGAGGCGGCGCCUCCCGCCGCGGCCGGCCCCUCGGCGCCGCCGGCCCUGCCCGGCAAGGCGCCCAAGCAGGCGGGCAAGGCUCGCUCCUCUGCCCCCUCUCCGGGCAAGAAGGCCCCGGCGCCCCCGCCCCAGGCGCCCCCGCCACAGCCCGCGCAGCCUCUGCAGCCCAAGGCUCAGGCCGCGGCCAAGAGCCGGCCCAAGAAGAGGGAGGGCGUCCACCUCCCCACCACCAAGGAGCUGGCCAAGCGGCAGCGCCUGCCGUCCGUGGAGAACCGGCCCAAGAUCGCCGCCUUCCUGCCCGCGCGGCAGCUCUGGAAGUGGUUCGGCAAGCCCACCCAGCGCCGCGGCAUGAAGGGCAAGGCCCGCAAGCUGUUCUACAAGGCCAUCGUGCGCGGCAAGGAAAUGAUCCGCAUCGGGGACUGCGCUGUGUUCCUGUCGGCCGGCCGCCCCAACCUGCCCUACAUCGGUCGCAUCCAGAGCAUGUGGGAGUCCUGGGGCAGCAACAUGGUGGUCCGCGUCAAGUGGUUCUACCACCCCGAGGAGACCAGCCCGGGCAAGCGCCUCCAUGAGGGCCAGCACUGGGACCAGAAGUCCGGCCGCGGCCUCCCCGCGGCGCUGCGGGCCUCCAGCCAGAGGAAGGACUUCAUGGAGCGCGCCCUGUACCAGUCCUCGCACGUGGACGAGAACGACGUGCAGACCGUGUCGCACAAGUGCCUGGUGGUGGGCCUGGAGCAGUACGAGCAGAUGCUCAAGACCAAGAAGUACCAGGACAGCGAGGGCCUGUACUACCUCGCGGGCACCUACGAGCCCACCACCGGCAUGAUCUUCUCCACCGACGGCGUGCCUGUGCUCUGCUGAGCGCCCGCGCCCUGCCCGCUGCCUCGGGCCCCGAGGGCCGGCCCAUCGGGGGCCCCUCGCCAUCACUGCCACAUCUCGGGGGCUGCGUGCAUGCAAGUGUGCCCUGGGAUGCCCUGGCGUGCGUGAGUGUGUACAUGUGUGUGCCCGUAUGCAUGCACGUGUGUGCGCACAUGUGCACACGACUCCGGCCCCCUUCACGACCCCCUCGGUGCCCCCCAAGACGGGGUUCCUCUCAGCUAUCAGGGUAUGGCUCUGCCGGGCCCCCCUCAGGGGCUCCCCUCCAGCACCUUGUAAGCACUUGGCCAGGCCAGCCCCCUCCCCCCACCCCCAGGCGCCUUCGUCCGAGGCCCAGCGGGGAUUCGGCGGGGAGGGGGUUUUCAGGGAACCGAACUGACAUGCGUUCGGGGGUUCCCGCUGCUCGUGGGUCCGGCUCCUCGUGCCAGACCCCUCCCUCGGCAUGGAGCUCACUCCGAGCCUCCCGCCGUGAGACGGGGGGCAGGGGGCCCGAUGCCCGCCAGCCUCACCAAUCAGGCCAGGCCUGCUCUGGGCACCGGCCGGGGUCGGGGGGGGGGGGGGGGGGAGGCCGGCCUCCGCCCACUCAGGACGGCCUGGAUGGGGCGAGACAGCCAGGUGCCAGGCGGGGGGUGGGGGGCUGCCCUGAGGGCCCCUCCUCCUGGUCCAGCCCCUCACACUACAGACAACCCCAAUGGUGCUGACAUCCUCGUCCCGGCCACACCCGGCCCUCCUGCCCAGGCCUUGGCCAGCCCAGAGGGCGGCGGUAGUGGGUCACCUGUACAGUUUUAUUGUACCAAGAGACUCUCCUCGCCCCUGUAUCAUACGCCUUUAAAUGGAGUCCACUUUUUAAUUAUAUAUAUAAAGAUAAAUAUAUAUAAAUAUAUAUAAAUAUAAACUUUUUAAAACUGUGAAAAAAUAGCUAUGAAAUUAUAAAAAAAAAGCAAACAUUCUGACGUGCAGAAUAUUAUUUUUUAUUUCCUAUUAGAUUGUGUCUAGCACCCAGCUUCA